UUCAAAGAUGGCGGGGUGGGUCGGAUUUUCAGAUGCAGAGCUUCGGAGAAUGAAACAGCAAACGUCCCUGGAGGAAGGUGAAUCUCAUCACAAACCCCAAGCUGCUGCUGCUGCUGCUGCCAGAAAACAGGCCCAACUCAACAAACAACGAGCACAAACACAGAAAGAUAGAUAUCUACAUCAACGCAACAUGCAGAAUUCUUCCUCAAACACGCCACAGACGGAGCUUCACCCCUCACAGCGACUGUCCCAACCCAAACCAGAGAGCAAACCAAGUCAAAAGAGCCAGCAAGAGAAUAAACCAACACCAUCUAAUAAAAAUCCUAAUCAGUCAGAUUGCAGUGACAAUAAAAAACAAAGGAAGGACCAAACUUCCACCAACUUUACAAAAAGUGAUAAUGGACAUGGAGAAGAACCUAAGAAGACAGAAGAUAGUGAAAAUGCUAAUGUGGAAGAAGCAGAUCUGAAUGAGAAAGAAAUAUUAGACCUGGAGGUGUCCAACAUGAUAAAAUUCCAGAAGCAGCAGAAGAUGAUUGAGGAAGCCAACAAAAAGAAAAGGCAAAUGCUGGCACAAGCAAUAAAGGAAAGGAGUCAAAAAGCCAAAGCUGAAGCAAGUAAACUGAUACAAAUAGAGAAGGAACUGAAGCAUUUAGAUGACUUACUGACAGUUGAUGUCUCCAUUCUAAGAGACAAGAUAGAGGAGGCUAGCAGGGACUACACUGAGGCUCAGAAAAGAUAUGAAAGGCUGGAGAGGGAAUUUAUAGAAGCAAAGGUUGAUCUCCACAAGACAGCUGAAAUGAAAGAGCAAUUAACAGAGCAUUUAUACAGUCUAAUCUACCAGAAUGAGAUGAGAAAAUCCAAAAAACUGAGUGAGCUGACAGCCAAGCUGGAAUUGGCAGAGCUCAGUUCAGAGGAAAUCAGUACCACAUUACCAGACCUUCCUCCUCUGAGUAUGUUUAGUGCAGUGCCUGCUGGUCAGACAUUGAGAAGCCCAACACAUGUACAACACCCUAAUUUGAGCAAACAAGACACACCCACUUCCAAGGAGACCACACCCACUAAUCAACAUGAUAAAUCCAGUAGUCAGAAAGAUGUGCCUACUAAUCAGAACACACCCGUUACACAGGACCAGAACAAUAAACCCAAUGGAAAUGAACCAAAAUCAAGUGAUUCAGGAAAGUCUGAUGUAUCAGUGAAUCCAUCAGUUGUGACCACACAGCCAGGAGAGAAUACCUGUACGCCACAACCUGAAAAAGCAAGUUCUGUGAUUUCAGAUAAAAAUGGUACUGAGUCCAGUAGUGCUGAGAAUAUUGCCAGUGAUAGUUCUUUGCUUACUGCAGGUCCCAAAGAAUUUGAUACCACUGGAACCAAAAAUGAAAGUACUGCUGCAGUGGCAUCCACUAGUAACAGCUGAGAGAAUGACAUGAGUGUAACUGUCUUUAUUAAGCUCAUAGCAAUUCGGGGGUUUUCCCCUUUACAGAACCAUGAAUCAUAGUGGUAUUUCAGGUCAAUCAGCCAGCUGGAAUUAUCUAGCUGCUUAAGCACUCAUACUUAAAUAUUUUAUCAUGGGAAGCAAUUGUGGGAGAAAUAUGAUGGUCAUACAGAUAUUUUUAUUACCAUGUAGUAGGGGUUCACUCACAAAGAGGGAUAUUUGUUCACAUACCUAGAGGACAAAAUUGGAGGUGCCCAUUUAAUGCUUAAAUGUGAUAUAUGAUAGAUUCAUAUUAGUGUUCAGGUUCACCGGCUGAUCCAAGAUUUCAAGUGAAAGGUGGUAAAUUGAGUUUAGUAAUUCUAUGGGCAGUACUUCUUUGUACAGGAAAGUUUUGGGCUUUCAAGUUUUUCUCACUGCCAUUCUCAAGUAGGGACAGGGUCCCUGAUGAGAAAACUUGGAUCUUCCUUUCAGUGCUGUAACAAAUUGGGCUCAGUAUACACAAACGGGAGCAUUAUUUUUCUAUGAUUAUUUUAAUAGUGGUAUUGAUGUGAUAUAUUUGCACUUCUAUAUGUUUUAAAAAUCCAACUGGAUAAGCAGUGAUUAUUUAUAGCAGCAAUAACAUGCUAUGCAACAAGAUUUCACUGACAAAGCAUCUGGGUUCAGCAUGAUGAUUUUAUAUUUACCAAAUUUCUUUUUUGUGAUGCUGUCUUUCUCUGAGUUUCACAACGAUGACAGAUGGUUACGUGAACAGGGCAGUGGAACUGUACAAGAUCUGUCAAUUUUGUUAUCUAAACUUUUUUCAUAUCAACACAAGCAUGAGUUAAACGAUCUAGUCAUCAAAAUUAAAGUUUAAUUUAUGCAGUGACGGUAAUUUUGAUACUGCUGUUAUUUGAUAUCACAAUCAGGCGGUGCGUGAUUUUCUGUUUAAAGUAAAAUUGUCCUGAUAUCUGGUAAAAACUCAAUUUCAACAAUUCAGUUUACGUGCACUUGCAGUAACGGUUUCUUUGCGAGUGGUAGGGCUGAGUGACUAAGCAAGUCAAGUAGGGGCUACUAUUACGCUAGGAACCCCAUUCCCUGAUAAAGGGGACUUAUGAAAACUCGAACAUAAGGAUGCAAAAUGCAAUUCUUAAUUUGCCUGUUAUUUAGGACAAAACUUACUGCAACAAUAUCGCCAUGGGGAAGUGAUGUUGUUUAAUUGACAUAUCUAUGUUUUCAUAAUGAUAAUAGGGGGUUGUGAGGGCUAAAACGUGCUUCAUUUUUUAUUGUUAGGGGAGCUCAGUGGUUCCCUACUUCCUUGCUAUGCCUGUGGGUGCUUUCGUUACUACUGCAUUUAUUUGAUAUUCGUGAACCAGAUACUGUGAAGGUUCAAACACUUCUUCUCAGCAGCAGAACAUGCAAUUUAUUAAAUGUCUUUUCUUUUAGAAGGCGAAAUAUAUAUAUUGAAAGUUAA